AUGGUUGCUCCAAAACGAUACAAGUCCGAAAUGUUGUCUUCGUCUCCGGUGACGCUCGUCACCGGAGACGAAGACAACAUUUCGGACUUGUAUCGUUUUGGAGCAACCAUCGAAGGUUGUGACGUACUGGCUGUGAGGAGCUGUGAGGACUUUGAACCGGAAUGGUUAAAGGUUGUUGAAGAGAUUCACGGCAAACCGGCUAUUCCUGUUGGUCAGCUGCCCACCACGGCGUGGGACGGCGGCAAUGACGACAAGAACGAUGCAUGGAGAGGAAUGAAGGAUUGGCUUGACAAGCAAGUUAAAGGAUCAUUGGUUUAUGUAGCAUUUGGAAGCGAGGCGAAACCAAGUCAAGCCGAACUCACCGAGAUAGCUCUUGGGUUGGAGCUAUCCGGGUUACCAUUCCUCUGGGUUUUGAGAAGGCAACGAGGUUCAGCAGAUACCGAGUUAGUCGAUUUACCGGAAGGGUUUGAAGAGAGAACCAAAGGUCGUGGGUGGGUGUGCACGAGUUGGGCGCCUCAACUCAAGAUUGUGAGUCAUGACUCGGUUGGUGGAUUCCUGACUCACUCGGGUUGGAGUUCAGUGGUGGAGGCCAUACAGUUCGAGAGAGCCCUUGUUUUGCUGACCUUUUUAGCAGAUCAAGGGUUGAAUGCUCGGGUUCUGGAGGAAAAGAAGAUGGCGUAUACGAUACCUAGGAACGAGACGGAUGGGUCUUUUACUAGGAACUCAGUGGCUGAGUCACUGAGUUUGGUGAUGAUUAAGGAGGAAGGAAAAAUAUAUCGGGAGAAUGUCAAAGAGAUGAGAGAUUUGUUUGUCAACAAGGAUAGGCAAGACAGAUACGUGGACAACUUGUUGGAUUAUCUUCAAAGUCACAGAAGGCUUAAAGGAAAGACCAAGCAAAUGGAGGAGAGAGAAAAUAACUAG